CAAAUAGAAACUCGGCUAACAGCUACACUCUUCUGCUCUCGACACUGCUGCUACUAAAUGAAAAGAGAAAGUUUUUCACAUUUCACAGACUUACUGAUUACAAAUGCUGUGUUAUGGAGUAAAGUGGAUUAUCUUGACCUCAAGUGCAAGUAAGGAUUCACCGUUUUUUGUAGAGUGUGAGAUAAAGGACUCCAAAAAAAAGGGGGGAAAUGUUUCAGGUCAAUGCUUCUGAUAAACCGACACACUUGCACUGAGAUGACAAAGGUUGAACUCAGGCAAGCCCAUCCUUGGAAAAUCAUUGAAGGCAGUAAAUCAGGAUUGCAUUAUUAGACUUGAUAAGAAAGAGGGUUGGAGAGAAUUAUUAAUUUAUCAUAAUGUUUAUGAAUUGCAGAAGGGUCCGAAAAUGGACUUUUCUACAGCUUGUCUCAAUGUGCUGUAUCUUGUCAGUGGUCAUGGUUUGUUGGGACAAUGUGGAUCACCAUGUUGUGAGCCAUGUGAAGUCAUACUCCUACCGCUAUCUGAUCAACAGCUAUGACUUCAUCAAAAAAAGCCUCAGUGUCAGCCCAGAGGAAGCUGCCCGGUUUGGUAGUUUCCCAUAUCUGUUCAAUAACAAGAACAUCUGUAAAGACCAGGAUGUGUUGCUGCUUCUGUUUGUGAAAUCUUCUCCAGGAAAUUUUAAAAGAAGACAGGCUAUUCGCUCCACUUGGGGUAAUGAGUCCUACAUAAGUAAUGAGCUGGGUGUUAUCGUGAAGGUAGUGUUUGCAAUGGGCCUCCACCCAGACAUGCCCUCUAAGAAUAUCCUACAGAAGGCAUUACACAAGGAACACAUGAACCACAGUGACCUGGUUCAGCAGAACUUUCUUGACACCUUUCAUAACCUCACUUUGAAACUUCUACUUCAGUUUCGCUGGACGCAUGAGAACUGCGCCCAUGCCCGGUUCCUUAUGUCUGCUGAUGACGAUGUAUUCAUCCAUGUUCCCAAUUUGGUGCACUACCUUCAGGACCUCAGAAGACAGAAUGUGCGUGACCUCUGGAUUGGCCACAUGCACAGGGGAGCACCUCCCGUUCGCCGUAUGAACAGUAAGUACUACAUGUCCUUUGAGAUGUACCAGUGGAACUCCUAUCCAGAUUACACUGCUGGGGCUGGGUAUGUGGUCUCGGGAGACGUGGCUGCCAAAAUAUAUCAGGCCACCCUGUCUCUUAAUGCCUCGAUGUACAUUGAUGAUGUCUUCAUGGGUAUCUGUGCCAUUUCAGCAGGCGUCUCGCCCCAAGAACAUGUUUACUUCUCGGGUGAGGGGAAAACACCCUAUCACCCGUGCAUCUAUGAAAAAAUGAUCACCUCUCAUGGACAUGAGGAUGAUGUCAGGUAUCUGUGGAAGGUUGCAACUGCACCAGAGGUAGAAGGUAUAUCCUCUGGAUUGUUAGGGAAGCUGUAUUGCACAGCUGUGAAAAUAAUGCUUCUUUGUAAGCCAUACUUUUCGAACACCUAUUCAUGCCUGGCAGCUUUUACAUAACUGACUGUGAGUCCAAGCAGUAUUUCAUCAUUUUUGUUUACUUUUGUUUUCGAUGUUAAAUAUUGUGUUAUUUUUCCAAUAAAUAUAAAAACUAUGCACAUAAGAAUUUGUUUACCGCUUCUGCUUUUUAAUGUUUUAAUUAUUAUCGGGCUUUUGCCAGUUUUUAUUUUUUAUUUUAUUUAUUUAUUUAUUUGUAUUUAUAGUUAAUGUAGAAUAGACACAAAAUCAUUGGGAGGAAGGGAGAACUGGGUAGGAACAUAUCAUGUGCCAGAAUCGAAGCCUACUUCUCCCACAUGAGCAGCUGGUUCAUUUUUAGUUUAUGAUACCCAAUACAUUUACCAAUGUUAGGCUGACAAAUGCAACCUUAUUGCACAGUGUUACCAAGUAAUCAUUAUUCUGUACAUACAAGUAUAGUAUAAUAUACAGUUUUUUUUGUUUGUUUUUUUUUACUGUGAUUUUGAAAUUAUGACCAUGCCUCAUUCCUCGCAGAAAUGUUGCCAAAAAAUGUAUAUUUGCCAUAUCUGUUUGUAUAACCCCCUUAUCAUUCUGAAUUAAAACACAUAUAAACAGCAUUAACAACCAUUUUCUUUCAGUUCAUUUAAAAAUCAGCUAAAAGAUCAAGAUACGAGCCUAUUUAGUGAGUCCUCACAUAGAAAUUUGGUUUUGCUGUGCUAAAUUGCACAUUAUACAUAGAAUUUGGCCACCACUAAAAAUGGAAAAAUAAGCACAUCUACAUGUUGCAAACCUCUUUCUGAUCACCAAAAAAAAAAAAAAAAAAAAGAAGAAAAAAUAAA